CAGCGUAACCAGGACCAAGUCUCGAGAAGACUUAAGGGAUGAUAUCUUACACUCGCUCAUAAUAUAACACGAGGAGUUGAUACGAUAUAUUUUUACCCUUUUUUAUGUGAAAUUUUUUUCUGGAUUUUAUUGUGACACGUGUGUUACAUUGUAAAUAAAAUAUAUUUGUUUUCAUUGUCAAUAAUAUAUUUUAUAAUGAGGAAAUUUUUAAAAAACAUCUCCAAUGACAUGAGUGAGAGCGCGCGAAAAAUAGUCACAAUGUAGUGUGGAAUGGGAAGAAAAAUUGAUAGUAAAAAUCCUAAGGGACGUAGUGAAGAAAAGAACGUGGGAUUUAAGUUGAAAAACGAGGCAUCAGUAAAGCCGGACUCAGAGAUCUCUCGUGUGAGAAAAGAAAUUUAAGAAAAUAAUAUUAAAAAAAGUGGAAAGGUUUGAAAGAGUGGUGAAAGCGAUCAGUGAACAUGAGAGAUGAGAAUACACUUUGGAAUUGUGGGCGCACGUGCGCCCCACGAGGAAGUUACUACGAGUUGACGAGGCGUUGCGACAACUACCCACGUUAGAAACGAAAGCUCGAGGGCAAGCUUUGUCAGUGUGUUUAAAAUUAUUUUUAUUUUCAUCAUUAUUAUUUAUAACUCUCAAAUAUAAUAGAAUGCUUUGAUUCCUUUCUCACACUUCAUUUAUCGGUGUUUCUAUAAUCCUGUUGACAAGUAACUGAACACAAAGACUCGAUAAAAAGCAUUAAAAACAAAAAGAAGAAGUAGUAGUAGUGGAAAGGACCAAUUGUGAUCAGACUGUGGCUUUUAAUGUACGGAAAAGGGAUGAGCAACGUUCGCCGGCAGGCAGGAUUACCGCCGGUCAACGAGACGAUCAACGCUGCGGUCUUGAGAUCCUUCUUACUUCUUCUUGCUCUUAGUCUUAUCGAAAAUGUUAUUGGAUAUGGAAGUGCUAGGACUUACUCACACCCAGAACCAUUCAACAGCGGGGGUCCAUCAUUUAUCCGGCCCGUUGGAAACCAGACAGCAGCAACCGGACGUGAAGCAGUGUUUUCCUGUUAUGUCCGCAACAUCGGAAAAUAUCAGGUGGGGUGGCUGAAAGCGUCAGAUCAAACAGUACUAUCAUUGAACACACGAAUCGUGAUCCACAACACUCGAAUAGCAGUUUCGCACGAAGCCGGUGGAUGUUCGAGUCCAUCAAACCAUUCCGUGAGUAUCCAUAGCAUAUCUGGAGGAAACAAUCAAGUGAUGGACGAGGGUGUCAAUUGCACGUGGCGACUCCACAUACGGCAUCUGAAAAAAUCUGACGAGGGAUGUUAUAUGUGUCAAAUCAAUACUGAUCCAAUGAUCUCGGAGGUCGGGUGUCUUUCUAUUUUAGUUCCACCGGACAUUGUUUACGGCGACGAAACUAGUAAGGACUUGUCGGUAUCGGAGGGUGAAAACGUCACGCUCAAUUGUCAAGCCACGGGAACACCGAAGCCAAGAGUUUCUUGGAGACGAGAGGACGGGCAACCCAUCCUCAUCAGGAAUUCGACCUCAUUCUUGAGUUCCUACAGUGGGAAAAGCAACAACUUUCAAAUGGUAGAAGUCUACAAUGAAUCGAAAUUGCAUUUUUAUCGAGUAGACAGGAAACAAAUGGGAGUUUAUAUGUGCAUUGCUUCCAAUGAUGUCCCACCCACUGUCAGCAAACGAGUGACACUUGAAGUUAAUUUUGCACCAAUAGCACGAGUUCAGAGCCAGCUGUUGGGUGCACCAUUGGGCUCUAAAGUACAACUAGAAUGCGUCAUCGAGGCACAUCCAAACACGAUAAACUUUUGGCAGAGAAAUCGAACAGAAAUGUUGCUCGAUGGACCAAAAUACUCGAUUAAAGAAGAACGAGAAGGCUACGAAGUAGUCAUAACUCUUGUGAUAAAAGAAUUCACUCAACAAGAUGUCGGGACUUAUGACUGUAUUGCGACCAAUAGUUUGGGCAAGGCAGAGGGUACUUCAAGACUUUAUAUAAUAAAUCUCCCAGACGAUGUAUCAAUUAUGGGAGCUGGAUUGGCAGAAGCUGCACGAGGUUCGAGAUCAUCAUCAAACACUCGGCCAAGCAGUCUAUUCUUCCUAUCAUUCGGAGCGAUAUCACUAUUCUCCCGUGCUCUAUGCUCUCGGUGAACACGGUCGACCUUCAUUAUCCUGAUGAAAGUGUGUGUUUCUGCAUCGCGUAAAAACAAUGACAGACUAAGCUAAGUACAUAGAAACUGUUGUGUGCCAAACUUCGAUCGAAAGCUCAUCAUCGAGCUCAUCUGUACAUCUCCCUUUCUAUACAUACAACACGAUGUUUUCCUUUCUUGCCAGCGUGUCAUGGCUUUAUCACCGUCCUACCAUACAAGCUCAUCGCUCUGAUGGUUUUGGCCACAUAAACUCGAGUCGCGUCAACAAGCAAAACAAUCAAUUGCAGUCACACACCGCACCCAGGACUAAUCUACAAUUAAAUAAUCGUCAGUUUGUGCCAAAGAUGAAGAAGCAAAUGCAAUUACAAAAUAAUUAUCAAUUUAAUAAAUAAAUAAAAAAAUAUUGAAACCAAUAGAAAAAUAAGAAUGUUCAUAUCAUUGGAAAGAAAAAAAAAACAUAUUUUGAAUUAAACAUACUUUUUAAUUUGUUUCCCGAGCUGAUCCCCUCUAAUGAUCAGUUUAUAUAUGAAAAUAAAUAUAUGUAAUGGUAAAAGUGGUUGGAGGCUCAGAGAACUUACGAUCCUAGGGGAUUGCAUUCGUUAGAAUAAUUUUACGUGCGAUUUCACGUUAAUACCAAGCUGCGGAAGUUUAUUUGUAGCCGCAAUGUAAGCUAUCGCGUAAAGCGACGUUUAUGAAUGUGUGCUAGGGGACAAGGUAUGAGUAUAGGUGCAAUUUUAAUGUGUGAUAAGUAAGUAUGUGUAUAUAACUGCAUUUUGCGUUGAGUGUGCGGUAUGUAUUUUGUGUAUUUAUUGAGCGUAGAGAACAUUGAAACAGGAUAUUCUACUGAUGAACUAGGAUAUGCUCAUGUUCUCUACUUUAACGAGAUAUCGGCUAUAUUUUUUUUGUGCUUGCCCAGUUUUCAGAUAAGAUAACACUUGACUGAUAUUAUUAAAAAUAAAAAAACCUAAGUGAAAUGAUAUAAAUACUUGUAUUAAUUAAUUAAUAACUAUCUCAAUAAAUCCAUUAAAUAGUAACAUUGUAAUAAAUGGCUCGGCCUUCAUAAGUGAUGCUUCUCUCGAUUUAUCAUUAAUAUCAGCGAUAACUUUAUUAAUAAGACACAAAAUCAAUUAACUGAUGAUGAAAUUAAUAGCAAGAAAAAAUUUCUAGUGCUAUAAAAUCGAUGUUAUGAAAAAUAUAAAAAAAAGAUUAAAAAGUGACAAUGAAAUAUGUAAUGAAUAAGAAAAACAAAGAUCUCUUAUGUCUAUAUUCAAAUAGUGUGUACGUACAGCAUUUAUCGCUUUUUUGGCUUUAUUAAACAACCGUGUCAUCUUCUCAUAUUCAUCGUCGUACUGUAGAUGAAAAUAAGAGACAGAAAAGAAUAAAAGUAUUAAGUAUAUUUGGAAUAAAAUCUACUUUUUCCACUGCAAAUUUCGUGAAAUUUUAAUCGCGGGUAGUAAAAACAAAAGAAAACCCUAAUAAUAAAUGUACACAGAAGAUGGAAUUAUUUUUAAUAAGAAAAAAAUAUCAGUGAAAGUACACAAGCUUUUUUUUAUUCGAGAUUUUUAUUAAAAUGUAUAGCUUUUUUGUAGGAAUUGUUGUCUUCUUGGUAGUAAACUAUUUUAAUAGAUAUUUGCUUUGAUGAAAAAAACUGUAUUAUGAACUAGUUUAAUUGUUUUCCUAUAAUAAGUCGUUGAAUGAAGGAGAUACUAAGUACUUUGUAAGAUAAUAACCCAUUGAAUUUAUUUUUAUAUCAAGGAAUAUCCGUCAAUCAAUAUCAUUUAUAAAAAAAAUAUUAUAAAUACUGAAUUGGAAACUAAAGUUAAGUGAUCAUGAAAGAAGAAAGUACAUCUUAAUGGUUUUGAAGAGGCUCUAUUUUUGAUGAAAACUAUUGAGUAUGAAAUAAAAAAUUAUUUCCAUUUAAUUCAAUAUGUACUUUAUAAAGAAGAUUCGAGUUUUUAAAUGGUUCCUCGGUGAUUAUUAUGCGGUCAUCUUUUCGGAAGUUAUGAACACUCGAAGUCAAAAGUCAGUUUUUGCCCUUGAGAGCUCGUAACGGAGUAAAAAAUGACCAGAGAAUUUUCGAAUAAGCGUUAUAAAGAAAAGAAGACAUCAAUGUUCCUUUCAGAUAACUUGACAAAAAUCCUGCCAAGUUCACAGCAAUUUUAAAAAGAAAAUGAGAGAUCAUUUGUUGAAAUUUUUUAAAUAAAAAAGUAUUAAUAAUUUCCAUUGAAAAUAAAAUGAUAUAACAAUCAUUAAAAUUCCUCACCUUUUCGAUGAUUCUAUGAUUUUAAAUUCCACUACAGAAAUAAUAUAAGUGAUGAACGAUGAAUGAAUAAUGAAUUAUACAUUUCAUGCAUCGAGUAAUUAUCAGUUCGUCCUAAUUCUAGAAGUACUCUGUCUAAAGAAGACAAUAAUGACUACAAUUAAAAAAAAACUCGAAUAAAUUAAACAAUUUAAUCAAAAAAUCUAGUUUUCAGUCAUUAAUUAUUUUUUUCUGAUUAAAAAUAAUUUUUCCAUGUGUGAAAUAACUGAUAACAAAAAAAAUAAAACCUGUACUAAAGAGUGAAUGGUGCAUUUAUUGGGCGAGCAAUGUUUUAAUAUUUUAUUUGUCAUCAAUUCUCAUUUGUAAAAU